CCAAGGCCGAAACAGCUCGGUCUUUAGAUAGAGGAAAAUAUCCGCGAGUAAAACAGAGAUCACGACUAGAACGAGCCGACUAUUUGCACAGGCCGGACCCCCUCCUCUCUGGCUCUGCCUGCAGCCUUUUCACAGACAUUUUCCUAUGAAAGAGACCUCACUUAGAAACGGUACUAAAAAUAUAUCUUCAGACGCACAUAGCUGGAUUAAAAAGGCGGAUUCGGUCUCUUUUAGCCGGCUGACGGAUACUACGCCUCGUCCUGCCGGUUUCCUGGGGCCGGUUGAGUCCCGGUUCGCCCUUCAGCAGCGUCGCCUCGUCCCCGCUGUUCCUGUCAGCUGCUGCGCAUCAGCAAAACAUGCAGGAUGAGCCUGUGGGGGUGACAACCACGCAAUUACCCCCGUCAGCCGAGGAGAAGGACAGCAGCAGCACGGUCAGCAAAUCCGGGAAGCAACCGAACCAAAGCGACGACCGCGACGGCGACCUGAGCUCAUUCGCACCGGAUUACGACCGUCCAAACCAGAAGAUAGCUUUCCCCGAUUUCAGUCCAGAUCGCUUUUGCCCGACGCAGUCUAUCUGUGACCUUCAGCACAGAAGAAAAAUACAUCAGCAGUUAAGUCAGCACACUGAGUUUAGCCCCGCGGAGUCGCCCCCACCUCAGGGACGUCUCAGUCACCUGCCGCAGAGGCAGCCGGAGCGCAGCGCUGCUGACCCCUGCGGCUCUCCAGUGGAAGAGGCUGAAACUGAUGCUGCGUCGCCAUCGCCCACUUCCGUAAAUCCAGACAAGAUCCAGAUGGACUCCCCCAUCGCCCACCACUUAAAUGGCAACAGCAGCAGCAGCAGCACCGGCAACAUGUUGUCCGGAGGUCUCAGCGCCGCUUUCCCGAACCUCCCCACCCAAGAGAUGCAGAGCGCCAGCGUAGGCUCGUCCUCACCUUCCCUGCCUGGGUUCGGCACGCCGUGGUCCGUCCAGACCAGCUCCUCGCCCCCUCCCGCACCCAACUCCAUCAACCCCAUCCACGCGAACGCCAUUAACCAGAUGCCCAACACAGACUCUGACAACGGCUUCUACCCAGGUAUCCCCUCCUCCAUCAACCCGGCCUUCUUCCAGAGUUUCUCGCCCGUGUCAGCUAAUCCGUGCGCCGGGAUUAAUGUGCAGGGCUUCAGCGGUCCUUUCUCGCCCCAGAUAAACGUCCCUCAGCAGGCGCAGAGUCGCAGGUCCCCGGUCAGUCCCCAGAUGCAUCCCCAGCAGGGCGCCUUCCUGCAGCAGAGGAACAACUACAACCAACAUCAGCCCAUGGUGAAGCCCUCUCCUUGGGGAGGCCACCAGGGGAACGGCUGGGGCUCCGGGGGGAUGUCCUGGGGCCGGGACCACCGCAGAGGGAGUGGCAUGGGCGUACCUGGCUCGGUCAGCCACGUCUCGCCCCUGAAGAAGCCCUUCUCAAGCAACGUCAUCGCUCCUCCCAAGUUCCCACGCUCUGGAGGAUCACUGGGGCCUAAGUCCUGGAUAGAGGAGAACAUGUUUCGCACAGACAGCAACAGCAACACCUUGUUGCCCCUGCAGGACCGCUCCAGAAUGUACGACAGCCUGAACAUGCACUCCCUGGAGAGCUCCCUGAUUGACAUCAUGCGAGCCGAGCAGGAUCCAAUGAAAGGCCGUGUGGGAUGCCCUAACCCCGGGGCUGACGGCCUGCUCAUGCUCAAUGCCAGGAGCUAUGGGAGACGUCGAGGACGCUCCUCCCUCUUCCCUAUUGAUGACAAUCUCCUCGAUGAUGGCCACGGCAACCAGGGUGUCCCGGGAGUCCUUGGCUCCCCCAACUGUUACCCUCACCAAAACGGGGAACGCAUCGAGCGCUUCUCCCGUAAGGUGUUUGUGGGAGGUCUGCCCCCUGACAUAGAUGAAGAUGAAAUAACCUCAAGCUUCCGCCGCUUUGGUCACCUGGUGGUGGACUGGCCACACAAAGCAGAGAGCAAAUCCUACUUUCCACCCAAAGGAUAUGCAUUCCUGCUGUUCCAGGAGGAGAGCUCAGUGCAGGCUCUGAUUGAAGCCUGCAUGGAGGAGGAUGGGAAGCUCUACCUGUGUGUCUCCAGCCCCACCAUCAAAGACAAACCUGUGCAAAUUCGACCUUGGAACCUGAGCGACAGUGAUUUUGUGAUGGACGGAUCGCAGCCCCUUGAUCCCCGCAAGACCAUCUUUGUGGGAGGCGUCCCUCGUCCGCUUAGAGCAAUCGAGCUGGCCAUGAUUAUGGAUCGUCUGUACGGCGGAGUUUGCUACGCGGGCAUUGACACCGAUCCGGAGCUCAAGUACCCAAAGGGGGCGGGGCGAGUGGCCUUCUCCAAUCAGCAGAGUUACAUCGCCGCCAUCAGCGCGAGAUUCGUCCAGCUGCAGCACGGAGACAUUGACAAGCGGGUGGAGGUGAAGCCCUACGUCCUGGAUGAUCAGCUGUGUGACGAGUGUCAGGGUGCGCGCUGCGGAGGGAAGUUCGCGCCCUUUUUCUGCGCAAACGUCACCUGUCUGCAGUACUACUGCGAAUUCUGCUGGGCCAACAUCCACUCCCGCGCCGGACGAGAGUUUCACAAGCCGCUGGUCAAAGAGGGAGCCGACCGCCCUCGCCAGAUUCACUUCCGCUGGAACUAGAGACGCGACCACAGCCAUGGUGACACAGUCAGAGGGAAGGGAAAUGAAACGCUGGCUAACAGGAAAAAGAGCAUCGCUCUGCCUCUCCUGCUCUCCUAAGCUAUCAGUAUAAUCUAGUACGUAACAUUAUACAGUAUAUACUAUAUAUAUAUAUCUAUAUAUCUUUUGUAGCAGCCAAACACCACAAGCCUCAGUUUUUCACCAAAACCCCCGUCACAUCUCAGGCUCUGACAACUCUACGACUCUUUUGUGGUACUUUCAUCUUUUCUAAGAGGAGAUUUAAAAAGAGAUUGAUUUUUGUAGGUUUUUUUAUUAUUAUUAUUAUUAUUAUUUUUGUAUGUGAGACUUAAAGUAGAUACGGGAAUGUUUUUGCAUGGGGGCAGCUCGUCUGUCUGUCUGUCUGCUGCUAGCCGCCCCAACAGUGCGUGUAGUGCACACUUGUUUCUGGGAAAUCCUUGAUUCUCCAACGGUGACGCCCGCCCCAGGUCAUUAACCAAAGGUAGCAAAAAAGAUAGGAAGCAUAUAAUUGACACAUUUUCUGCCGCGAAACAAAGCAGUUGUUUUUUAAUGUUACCAUGGGCUCUUUCUUCUUGUUAGAGGGUUUAUUAAAAAAUGAUGAUAAGGUUAUUUCUGCGCUCAUACUGACCCAUAGAGUGAUACCUCGAAAUAUGAAAUCUGGUUUCUUGCUAACUCUAUUCAACAUUUAUACUUAACAAGCUAUUUUAGAAGCUUUGCUGCUACAUAUACAUAUAUAUGAAUAAAUGUGUAGGUAUUAUAUUUAAUGCCGUUUAUAAACCAGAAUCGUGUAAAAUGAAAUGCAGUAUGCACUCGAACACUAAUGGCCCCCAUUGCCAUGGAAAGUGCAUGUUAUGACAAUAGGCUUAGUUACACAUAGAGCAUGCAGGAUAGAUGUGAGAAUAAAAAACAAACCACUGAAAUCAUGAUUAAAGACAAGACAUAAAAGUAGCAUGACCAUCUAUUACAGAUGCCUAAGAGGGACAAAAAAAAAAUCAGACAAAGCUAAAUAAUAAAAAAAAACGUAUUUAAACUUGCAUGCAUUGAUGUUUAUCUGUUGUUUGAUCCGUUUACAUACUUAACGAUACAAAAAGUGAUAUUGGUUCUAAUGUAGACUUAGUGGACGCCAUCUUUUUGUGACACACGGUGGCUUGUAUGGCCGAAACAAAGACAAAAAAAAACAACAAAAAAAAAGAUCCUGUUGAGAAGCAGAGUGGUGUUCAGUGGUUUGUGUUCGUGUCGUCCCUGUGCUGUGUGACUGUGUUUAGCGUAGACUGAGGCUCUAGUUUAGUUACCAACAGAUUACCUAGAGGAGAAUUAAAACAUGAAAAUCACUCCUGCCUUCACUCUUCCUAUCCCAAGUUUAUGUGGUUCCAAAGGUAAAUCCGACACAGCAUCGCCCUCCCAGAGCACAACGCUAACGAGAAGCAGCUAAGGUUUAGCUGCGAGGCGGCUGGAGGUCGUGUUAAUAAGCGUUUUGCUGUGACAGCCAGGCUUUCGUAGCCGUGUGGCCGCGUGGGAGCGUGCUAAAGAUGAAGCUCUCCUGUCUUUGUAUUGUUUGAUUUCCAGCGUGACCCUUGAGUUACUAAAAAAACAAACUAUUUAGGGACAAUCUCUCUGUGAGGACGGCGGCCCGGCCGUCCGUCUGGUACUGUACAAGUGUGUCGCUCUCGUGUCGUCGUGGUUUCUGUGCUCCACGUCCCGGUGUGUGCUCCUCAGUCAGUCAAGUGUGUACUGUUACAAAACCUUAACGAAACUGAGACUCGAAGUUUAUUUAUAGUUGAGUCAUAUAAUUGAAUUUGUUUGUGUCGACUACCUACCCAUCACUGGCCCUUCAGUAUGUUUUUACAAUAUAUAUUAUGCACUACUUUUCUAUACCCCCCCCCCAUUUGAUUUCUUAUCCACCCCCCUAAAGUGAUUUCAGUGCAGAUCUCUCUGAAACCUCCACCUAUUUAUAAUUCAGAUGAUUUAUUAAAUUUUAUUUUUUCAUGAUUACUUAUUUAAGAUGUAGCGUGAAGCAGUGGUCUUAAGUUGUCUAUAAUCUGUGUGAGUAGAGCAGGAAUCCAAUAUGUUCUUCUAAUAUAUUCUAAUGUAGUCUGGAUGUCGUGAGGACCGGGAGUCAGAUGGCGGUGAAGGUUGGCGAGCGCGCUCCCGCCGUCCCCCCCGUGGCUUUAGUUCUCAUGAUGCGAACCUGUUUGAAUAUCGUCACCUGUAACACUUGACUCGUGCUGUUUUUGUGAGGUUCUAUUUUCUAUGUUGAACACUGUUACUUUGUUCUGUACGUGUCUUUGUUUUUGUAAAAAUCAUAUUUAUUUCACUAUUUUUGUAGACAAAAAAAAAUCUAUUUGAUUUUGAUUGUAUUUUUCUAUUUGAAUAGGAAUAAUAUACGAUUUAUUCCCCCCACCACCACCACCACCACCAUCCCCAGUGCUAAUUAUGUCCAAACGUUCUGUUCAAAGACAAAGAAUCACGUCAUUAGCAACAACAUCAAAGGUUUUGAUAUACAGUUGAUUCUUAUUUUGAUACACAUGACACAUUUCGUUUGAAGGAAGGAAACAUGAAGGUUUUAUUAUAUUCUUGGAAGACACUUGAGAUUCUCCCCUGUUGCAUCGAGGCCCCAGCUGCCUGUCCUCAUAGAUGCUCUGAAACUUGAAUAUAACACAUUUUGAAAGGCUGACUAACCUCGAAUCUGUGUUGUGAUGUGCAAUACUGUUUCUAAUGUUUGUAUAAAAGUAAGAACUACAGUGUAAACCUUUUUAAUGCAGAUUUAUUUUUUUCAUUGCAUAUUUUGCAGAUUUCUGAUCCACAGUGUCAUUUUUUACUGUCAGAAAAAUAAACCCCGUUUUUUCAUUGCAACUAUUUUUAAAUCCAGAUAUCUUUGUACUGAUGUAAAUGAUUGUAGUUAUUUUGGAUAGUGUUUUGCUAACAAAAGGAGAGACUUUUUCAUGCAUAUUUCUAUUUCAUUUCAUCUUGUUUUAUCCCACGUUUUAUUUCAUUUAGGAGUAGCAGAAUUCUUGGAAUAAUUUUUCAUAUUUAAAUGUCAUUGGUAUUAUUUUGUAUUUUUAUGUGGAAAUACACUAUAUAUAAAUUAAAAAUGCUAAUUGCUAAGAUAUUAUUUUGAGUUUAAUUAUUUUUAAAGCUAAAUAUUUGUAAUUUUAUUGUUAAAGUGACUAAUUUCUAAAUCAGAGUUUGUGUAUAGAUUCACAAAAGUGGUUUAUGAGGUGUUUGGAUUGUAAUUAUUACUGAAUGGUUCUUUGAUAUGCAAAAUGAAUAUCAUGUUUAUUUUUAUUUUUGUUGGUUUUGUAUUUAAAUGGGGUGUUGAUUACAAUUUUUUUUCCUUUCACUUCCUGAAUAAAGGCCCAUUCUGU